AUGUACUCCGUAUCCCAUCACACAGUGCCCAACGGGCCGGCCAAGACGACAGUGAUGCCGGACGACUCUCAUGGCCAGUGCCGUAAUGAUGAUUCGAGAAUGAGCUCCUUACAAGGCGUUCUUGGCGAGAUUGCGUGGCUCACGCCCUGGAUGCACCCUGCCCUGAGCUUUGGCGGCGGCCCGCAAACCAUCGUCGUCAAAUAA